AAUUAGCUAAUUUUGACAUCUACGGUUCAAUCAAAUUUUGCGAGCCGGGCUGAGAUUGUGAGCAUAAAUCCCAAUAAAUUUAUUAACUAAUUUUUAUGAAUGCUGAAUAAAGCACUAGAAACUUAUAUUUGUAUCCAGCUUUUUUCAUGUUGAGUUUCAGUGAUGGUAACUUUUUAAAUUGAAAAUUUUUAGACGUUCUCACUUAGUGACAUUAAUUGUGAUGUUCGCAAUGAUCGUGACCUUCGUUUAAACUAGCCGAGAUUGGCGCUACAAUUGAUAAUACGGUGGAGGUCCUGGUCCUGAGAAAAUUGCUGCACUUGGAAUUUGAUUUGAAAGCAUUCCUUAGCAGUAGACAACAGCUUGGCUCUGCCCCUGGUCUGGUUAACGUCCACGAGCAGCAGUAACCACUCACCAUCACCAUAUGCCUAUCUCACAAGAAAAUAACAAAGAAAGUAUUGAGGUCACCAAGUACAAAAGUGGUGUUACCCGUUGAAAAUCGAUCAAAAAAUGAUUGACGUACCAUAUUUAAUAGAGAUCUUUGCUAACGCACUCAGCACUAUGACUAUACUGUCGUCUUUAUUUCUCAAAGUACCGCAGAUUAUGUCCAUACGUGAGAAAAGAUCUGCCGAGGGGAUAUAUAUUCAGGCCAUGCUUAUGGAGAUUAUUGGCUUUACCAUAAUGUCUCUCUACAAUUAUACAAACAAGUAUAACAUCAUGACCUAUAUGGAGUACCCUAUCAUACUUUUCCAAGUCUACGUAAUGUUCUACUUUGUUCUCAAAUAUAAGAACAUGCUGAACCUUCCAAUUAUUCCCGUAAUGGUUGCUUCAUACUUUGCUUCUGUGUUCGGUUUCGUCAUGGAUCUAUUGCCGAAACAAGUUCUCUCCUAUUUGGUGCCGUUUUGCACGCCACUGAGCGGAUUCGCUAAAGUGACUUAUAUAUAUGGUAUCAUUAAAUCCGGGAACGCGGACGCUGUUUCGCUCACAACGUGGAUCAUUUCCGUGCUGACCAAUUUGGCUCGCGUCUUCACCGUUUACGUGGACUCUGGAGACGGCAAGCUGCUGGCCAAUUUCAUCAUAUCGACCCUGCUCAGUUCUGGUGUUUUCUUCACCGCCUUGCACUACCAGCAGCAGACGGCAUGCUGCCCGAUCCAUCGCCCGCAGAAGAACCGCAAUCGACCUUUCCACCAAGAAUACCGUCCCCGACACGUUCACCAAGACUAAAAGUAUGUUCAGUUACCAACAAGACUUCAUAUAGAAAACUUUUAUUUUUGCAUUUCCAUUCGUUAUACCAUUUAUUUAUGUGUGAACCGCAUUUUUAUUCUAGCUAAAAUCCUUAUUGGCGGUUCUUUUACGUAAUUUAUUCUUAAUUUUAAAGGGCCCCUGUUAUCAAAUAGUUGGGGUCGGCACAAUGACGCCCGUGAAUGUACUACAACAUUUCACAAUUGUAUUUUUAGGUGCGAAGCCAUAAUACUGGCAGUCGUCCCCGAUCUCCUCUGGGAAUGUUUCAUUUUACACUAUGCCAUACGAGGCUUAUUAUUAUAGGGUAAACCGUUGCGUUGGAUCUUCGUAGGAUCCGCCAUUGAUCGAAUAUAAAGACACUUAACCAGUAUUAUCGAUUAUUAUAAUAGUCGUGAUUAGUGAGAAUUGAAUAUUUAAUGUUAUCUUACGAAUCUGAAAGAAUCUUAUCACGAUCUAGUCACUGAAAAAAGUAUUGAAUGAUUUAUUGUGUGGCAAUGAAAUUUUUUAUGGUUAGCUUAGCUUUUGACUAAAUAUUUUAAUAUAUGACAACACUCAUAAACAAGGAAUCUCUUGAUAUACAUAGCUGCUCUGUGUUUUGUCAUUAGGCUAAUGAUUAAUUACAAUAAGAAACUUAAAGACAACGGUUUGACGCACUACAACGUAGCGGAGGUUGAUAAAUAUAUAUAUACAUUUAAAAAGAUAAAUACAUAUAUAAAUUUAAAAAGACAUUAGAAUAGUAGACGGUGUUUAAUGUAAUACAAAUAAUAUUCCGCACUUAAAAGUGUCAAAAUAUGGUAUUGAAAUCUUUGUAAUGUAAUUUUCGAUACUGUUUUAAAUUAUCAUUGCGUAGUUUCUAUUAUAUAUCGAUCUUUACCUAGUGAUUAAUAUAAUAUAAAAAAUAAGAUUAAUGAAAUUUUAUUGAAACAUUAUUAACAAUAUAUUUAACAAUUGUAUUAGUAGUGUAAUUGAAAACCAAUAUAAAAGACAUUUUCACCCUUUCCUUAUAAAUGUUUAGUGCAUAGAGAUUAGAUUACCAAGAAUCUCCAGAUUUGAUAUUAAUAAUUUUUGUGUUAAUUAUAUAUUAUUUAUGUUAAUAGUGCCAUAUGUGAACGCACAGGAAUUCAUUUUUAUUAAAGGUGACAUAUACAGUGCCAAGAUUAUUUUUUUAUGAUUGUAAUUGAAUUAUGUAAUUAUUUCGUUUUUUUUUUUUUAAAUAAAUUUGAAUCGUGUAA